CUCACGUCUAGCAUCUCGUCGUACUCUACAAUCUUCGCAAUGGCUUCGUUUCUCCCCCGCGCAGCUUCCCGAGCUCUUCGCUGCUCUGCGCGCCCCGCAUUGCGGGUACAGCGUCCUGUUGCGCCACUUCUUCGCCGCGGAUAUGCACUUCCGGCUGAGCAGCCACGCCUGAGGCUAGGAUCUACUGCGCCCAACUUUCAGGCCAAAACUACUCAGGGCGAUAUUGACUUCCACAAGUUCCUGGACAACAAAUGGACCGUUUUUUUCAGUCACCCGGCCGAUUUCACGCCCGUUUGCACGACCGAACUCGGUGCCUUUGCCAAGCUCAAGAAUGAGUUCGAUGCCCGAGGUGUCCAGAUGAUUGGUCUGAGUGCCAAUGACCUGGGCUCGCACGACAAAUGGAUCGAAGACAUCAACGAGACGUCUCAAACCACCGUCCAGUUUCCCAUCAUCGCUGACGCCGACCGCCACGUCGCCUACCUCUACGACAUGAUCUCGCAAGACGAUCUUGAAGCGCUGCAGAAGAACGGUGGUAUUGCCUUCACCAUCCGCUCCGUCUUCAUCAUCGACCCGGCCAAGAAGAUCCGUCUCAUCAUGUCAUACCCCGCGAGCACUGGCAGGAACACAGCCGAGGUUCUCCGAGUCAUUGACAGCUUGCAGACUGGAGACAAGAACGGCGUUGUUACUCCGAUUGACUGGCAAAAGGGACAGGACGUUAUUGUUCCACCCAGUGUCAGCACCGAGGAUGCAAGGAAGAAAUUUGGUGAUGUGAGAGAGGUGAAGAAGUACUUGCGUUUUACCAACGUUGGUCAAUAGACG